CAUCACAAAUUUCCUUUUACCUUUAUAAGUGCAUUCUAAAGUUUGUAAACUUAGCAUAAAAAGCAACAUCUGAUUCUCUUUGCCACAAAAUCUUUACCCCCCCCCCCCCCCCCACCUGCCCUGCAAUCUUCAUUUCUUUUCUUAUAAACUCUCCCUUUCUGUCACCAUUUUACAAUCUUCUUGAAGCACCCCCCCCCCCCCCUUCCCCCAGCCAUGGCCGUGGAUGUGUGCUCCGAGGCCUCAAGCUCGACGGCGAGCCCAAGAAUCUCCUUCUCCCAUGAUCUCCAAGAUUCCGACGACAUCGUCCCCAUCCAAUUCCAAGCCGCCGAUCCUUUCCUCUUCGAACCCACCAUCGACUUCGACUUCCACUUCUGCACCACCGCCGCCCACACCCUUCCCGCCGACGAGCUCUUCGCCAACGGCCAGAUCCUCCCGGUGGAAAUCAAGAAAAUCCCGGCGGCCUCGCCGGAGCCCAAAACGCCCCCGAGGCUCUCCAAUUCCGACGAGAACCGAAAGAUGCUGAAGGAGUUCCUGUCAACAAACCCAGAAUCCGACGACGACGACUCGCCGCCGGCGAAACACUUCUGGCAGUUCCGCCGGAGCAGCAGCCUGAACUGCGACAACCGCCGAAGCAACACCCUAGUCCGCUCCCUUCAAUUCCUAUCCCGCAGCAAUUCCACCGGCUCCGCCCCCAACCCCAAACCCAACGCGCCGCCGCGGGCCAGCCGGAAACAGAGAUCAAAGUCGGAGCCAUUCAUAUCACGCUCACUCUCCUCAUUACUAUUCAACACCCAAAGCCAUAGCCAUAGCCAUAGCCAUAGCCAUUUGAAUUCUUCAAAGAAGAACAGUACUAACAGUUCGCCAUUAAAGAAGAGCAGUAGCUGUAGAUCUUCCGGCGGGCAUGGCGUGAGAAUCAGCCCAGUAUUAAACAUCCCACCUAAUUACAUCUCAAAAACUACUUUUUUUGGUUUAGGUUCUUUGUUUUGUAAUGGUAAGUCUUCUAAAAAGAAGAAGAGAUAACUGUAAAUCCUUACAUUAUAUCUAUUAAUACUGUUCAUAAA